UACCUACUUAUUUGGUUUACACUAGCAAUUUUUCAUAAUCAAGCCAAUAAAUCAAUAAUUAAUUUAUAAUGUGUUAAUGUAUUGCAAUAAUAAAUUAAGUAAAUCAGUCUGUAGAUAGUAGACCAAUAAUAUUCAUUCUUCAGAAUUCGUGACAGUAAAUAAAAUAUAUAUUGCGAUAACGUUACUACCAAAAAGUGGGAUAAUACUACGGAUAAUUACUACCCAUUUUCUGUCAAGAAAUGUUAAAUUGAUCGAAGUAAACAAACUUAGAAAUCAAAGGUGAUAUUUCUUUUAACUGGUUAUUUCAUAUAAUAUCUACAUAAAGUUAAUAAAUAUUAUACAAAAUAUAUUAGCCAUGGCUCCACAAAUUGUAGUCGCACAAGGGAUCAUGAGAGGGAAAGAGUGUACCACACCAUGUGGUAAAAGGUAUUACAGUUUUGAAGGUAUACCAUAUGCAAAACCACCUGUCGGAGACCUUAGAUUUAGGGAUCCCCAGAAACCAGAACCCUGGUCUGGUGUUCUGGAUGCAACAAAACCUGGUAAUAAAGCCAUACAGCUCAAUGCGGCAGGUGGCAUAGAGGGCUCAGAAGAUUGUUUAUACCUCAACGUAUAUACCCCGAGUUUGCCAUCGGAAAAAAUAGAAAAACUCCCGGUUCUAUUUUUCGUGCAUGGUGGUCGAUUUUUAGUCGGCUACGGGGAUUAUUACAGGCCAGACUAUUUGAUCCGACAUGACAUUGUCAUAGUAACCAUAAACUACAGAUUAAGCAUAUUUGGAUUUCUCUGCCUUCACACUCCAGUGGUACCUGGCAAUGCCGGCGCUAAGGACACAAUAAUGGCCCUAAGAUGGGUCAAAAAUAAUAUAGGGAAUUUCAAUGGAGAUGACGGCAACAUUGUUGGGUGCGGAGAAAGCGCGGGAGCGUGUAUAGUCGACUCGUAUUUGACGUCUAAAAUGGCGGAUGGUUUGAUAAGUAAAGUCAUCUGUCAAUCGGCUAGCUUAUUGUCAGAUUUGUAUCUAAUCAAUGAAGAUUAUGUGGGAAAAGCGAAAGAAAUUGCUAAAAACAUGGGUGAAGAUAUAUCUGAUACAAGUGAAUUGUUCGAUUUCUUUUCUAAAGCGUCUGUAGAGGAUUUAAUUUACGCGUACACAAUGUGCGAAGUGAAUCGCGAUCCGUUUAUAUUGAAUUCGUUUUUACUUCCGGUGGUUGAGAGAAAGUUCGAGAACGUGGAAGCGUUUUUCGACGAAUACCCACUGGAGUCGAUAAGAAAUAAUCGAUACAAGAAAUUGCCGAAAAUCCUCACGGCGGCAACACACGAGGCUGCGUUGUUUAUUCAGAGACAUGAAGAUGGCAGCAUUAAUUUCAAUAGAAACUUGCGUAAAUUCAUACCUCGAUAUUCGUUUAUCGACACUGAAUCGUCCCGGGCGUAUAAAAUCGAAAAACGGUUAAGAGAACUGUAUUUUAAAGAUGCAAACAUUGAAAUGGGAACGCUCGAAGAAUAUUUGACUCUGAUAUCUGAUACAUAUUUUUUAAGAGAUAUAAUGUACGAAGUGGAGACGUUUUCCCAAAACCAAAACGACUUGUAUCUCUGUAGGUUUGAUUAUCCAGGUAGUAUGAACACUAGGGUCAUGAAAAAGUUGGGUUUCAAUGGGACAACGCAUGGUGAUUUGAUACAGUAUAUAUUUUAUAAGGAGAAGAAGGCGAAAUUGUGUACGGAAAGCGAUAUGAAGGUAGUCGAUAUGCUGACUGAGGCAUGGUGUAAUUUCGCAAAGACUGGAAAACCAACAUGGCGAAAUCAAGAGGUGGACUGGUUGCCAUACCUAAAAAAUAGAAGGCUCUGUUUAAAUUUAGCCCAAUCUAGCAUUCAAUGUGUGCCCAUACCUGAAUAUGAGAGAGUAAAAGUCUGGUUCGAUCUAAUAGGUCAAAGGUCAAAAUUGUAAAAUUAUGAUAUAUUUUAUAUUCAUAUGAUUUAUGAAUGUUACUUAAAUUUGUAUAGGUGUUGGUAUUCCGAAAAUAUAAUAGUUUUUAGUUUGUUAUACACAAACAUGUAGACACACACAACAACUAACAAAAACACUGAACAUUAUAAAAAAGGAAAUAGGAAAAACAUAAAUACAAACACAACAAUAAGAGGAGAAAAAAAAAAGUAGCAAAAAGGUAUGUAAACUUAUUUUAAAAAUGCUGUAUUGUAUUAGCAGAGUCUAUACUGAUAAUAAAAGGCUAGAGCUGAAAUGCACAAAUUUAUACAAACAACAAAUCACUGGU